CUCUGUAAAAGAGAAAGUGUCCCAUAUCAACUCAUUUUCCGGUGCGUUUGCUCCUCGGCUUCUUUGAACGUGGACUUGAGCGAGUGAGAGAAAUGUCUCUGGGACAGACAUUUUCAGAUAAAAACCCAGACCAACACAAACGUGUGUCUGUCAAGUCCAACCCUGGAUUUCUGGAGCGACUAGGGGCAACUACAGGAGGAACAGUUGUUGGUGUCGGGCUGUUUUUCCUCUCCAUUUAUGUCCUUUUCACCAACGAGGGGCGGGCUGUGCAAACAGCAUCCUCCCUGGAUGAAGGCCUCGGUCUAGUCGUAUCAUUGGGGUCUUCCUCGAACCUCGACCUCCAGAACAACAACCGUUUAGUUCAUCUGUCUGCACAGCUUCAUACUUUGCAGCCCCUACAUGACCCCAACUACCGAGUGCUGGUGCAGGCAGUGAAGCUGAGGAGGGAGGUGGAGAUGUAUCAGUGGGUGGAGUACAGCGAGAGCAAGGACUACAAAGAGAAUGGUGAAACCAAAACAGAAACGACAUACACCUACAACACUGAGUGGAAGUCUGAGUUGGUCAACAGCAGGAAUUUCGACCGGGAGAUAGGUCAUCAGAAUCCAAGUGCCAUGCCAGUCGAGAGUGUCACAGUGGUGGCUCCGCAGGCCAGAGUUGGUCCUUUAAUUCUGUCCAAAGGCCUGGUGGAGCAGAUCAAUAACUUUCAGACGCUAAGUUUGAGCCAUUUGCAAAUGCUUAAUUUGGAUCCUUCCCUUUCCAUCCGUGAUGACUAUUUCUAUCACACUCAUUACCCAAAGAGGCCAGAGGUGGGGGAUAUCCGUGUGAGAUUCUCCUUCGCUGGACUGAGUGGUGUAAAUUCUCACCUUGGCCCACCUCAAACUGUCAGUAUUGUAGCCAUGCAGAGAGAGGAGCAGCUGAUGGCCUUUAAGACCAAGUCAGGAGACGCCCUGGAGAUCCUCUACCUGGAGGAGCUCUCUGCAGAGGAGGUGUUUGCAAAAGAACACCAGCACAACAGAAUGAAGACAUGGGGACUCAGGGCUGCAGGCUGGUUCCUCAUGUUCCUUGGUAUUCAGCUGACCAUGCGCAUCAUCUACACACUGGUGGAUUGGGUUCCUAUCCUCAGAGAGCUUGUGUCCGUCGGCCUGAAGAUCUUUGCACUGUGCGUCUCCUGCUCGCUGUCUCUUCUCGUCAUAGGAGCUGGUUGGUUUUUCUACCGACCGUUAGUGACGGUAGCUCUGGGAGUAAUAGCUCUGCUUCCACUGUUUCUUGCUCGCUCAGGAUUUCCACCCAAGAAGGAUGAAUGACUAGUUGGUUGGCUCUUAAAGGGAAAAUAAAACAUUUAAACCAGCAUCCAUCAGUGGGCAUCUGUUUCACAACUUUAACACAGAAAAAUGAUGUGUAAAAAAACAGAAUAAUUUGAUCCAAGUGGGAGCUUUCUGUUGCCCCCUAAUAUUUAAUGGUGUGGCUGUAAGGGAUUUCAUCCAAGCACACAUUUGGUUUAGUUCUGUUCACAGAACAUCCCAAGUUUUCUUAUUAUGACUAAGGUCAUAAUUUGUACCCAACUCCAAAUACUGUCAUUUGACAGUGCAAGUAGCUAUGCAUUGCUAAUUCUAAAUCACUAUCAACAGUCCUGCAGUUAAUAGUUUUGUGUUUCACGUCAGAUUGUUGAUCCUGUUUUAGGAUUCAGGUUUUGCGGUUCAGUUGUUUUAUACUGAGAGGUACUUUUAUGCCUUUCUAUGUAAAUGAACUGGACAAAUAGGCUUAAACAAAAUGUGUCAAGGUCAUAACAGGUUUAUUGCAUUUUUGUGUUGGACUGCAUUAUUUUUUUGUUAUUUAUGAAGGUUAAUCAAGUAUCAUUAUCCUCGUGUGCAUCAGAGAUUCUGAAAAAGAAGGAAAACUGGUUAUUUCCUGAUUGAACACAUGCUUUGUGAUUUAGUCUUUGAAAUUUGUUUUUUUGAUGAGCUGGUGAAAGACCCCCCCCAUAACCAUAAUUAAAUGCACUGUUAAUUUUUAUGCACUGUAUAGCAUUCACUUGAAAAUUGUUUUUUUGAGCUAUUUUUCUGAAUUUUUUGACAAUGUUCUUUCUUUUUAAAGAAAAACGUAAUUGCUUGGUUUUUCUGAAUUGACAUUUUUUUCUUAACAAAUAUGUAAUUCUGUUUUUCUGAAGUGUUUACAUCAUAUUUCAAAAAAUAUAUAUGUAUACAUUUCCUGCUCUGUUUUUCAACAAUACCGGCUUCGUUUCUUCUUCAGGCCUUUACUUUAAGUUAAAUCUAGUUUUAACUUUGUUUUAGGGUCAAGACAUUGUGAGAUUCUCUUGUUAAGUGACAUUGAUGCAGUCAAAUGGUAAAAGUUCUAUUUGAGCUGAAAUAUAUUUUAUGAUGCUAAUUAUCUUAUGCCAUUACUCUGCAAGAGCUCAUCUUUUAGUUCAUGCAUGAGGAUUAUUUUUGUUUAUCACAAUUUGCCUUGUAAAAACAAAAAUGUAAAUUCAGAAAAACAACUUUAUUUUUGAAGUUACUGCAACACAUUUCAGUAAUUUUUUAAUUUUUUAAUUUCAGUAAAUUUGAAUACCAUGUAAACUUUAUUGCUGCAACUCUGUUGCCACUUAACAUUUAAAGUGAAUUGUUUGUGGGUUGAGAGAGAAUGACUUGAGGUGAAUUAUUGAUAAAAUUCAUGAUACUCUUGAGACAUUUAAAAAAAUACCAAAGAACUGUGGGUUUCAUGUUAAAGUGCUUUUUCUGUUUGUAGACCUGAGAUGCGUUCAAUACACAUCUCCGUUGUUUUCCAUUAAAGCAAAUUGACUCGCGU